ACGAAUGUUGCUCUUGAUGUAAUUAAGAAAGAUGAUGUGUCUGCCGCCAUAUUUGCUCCUGGAUGGGUCUACGAGACGAAACAACCACCUGAUUUUGAGAGUGCUCAAAAUCGUUGGUGGGGCCUUGUUGAAAAAUCAUGGGGAAUAGUGCAGAACUACCCCAAAGCACUUCCAUUCUAUUCAAAUUUUGAUCAGGGUCAUGGUUACCAUAUCUCUAUUAAUGGAGGGGAAAUAUCGGUUGAUCCUUGGAACAACAUUUCUUGCCAAAGUUUGCAGCCUUUCCUUGAGGUUCCUGGAGAUUCUGUGCCAGACAAGAUUCAAGUUUUGGUCAAGUAAGUUUAUUAAUGCAAAUAUGUAUACCAUUUUAGCCUUUCCACCAUGUGUAUGACAUAUCAUAUACUUCCAUGAUUUGGUCAUUUGGUCAUACAUAGUGAUAGAAAUUCUGAAGCAGCUGCCACUGAUAAGUUUCAAAGGAAUAUAUAAAUUUCAGUAUGGAGAUUCUGAGAUUUCAUCUUGUCUGAAAAUCAUUUGAGAGGAGGAGAAUGCCUGAUCUUCCUUAGGGGUUGCAAAAAGGAUUUAUUUUAACUAUAUAU